GUUACUUUGUUUUCAAAUUGUAAAUAAAUAAAUAAAUAAAAUGCUGCGAUUAUGCUUGGCAAAUAUACAAAAAAGAUAUUUUUUUAAAACUGCUAAAAAUUUUGCUGAAAAAAUUGAAUCACCUCAACAAGCACGUCAACGAACAAAUCAAUCAACAGUUCAUUAUGUUACUGGAAUUGGACUUCUUACAUUUGCACUUGCCUAUGCAGCUGUACCAAUUUAUAGAAUUUUUUGUCAGCAAACCAGUGUGACUGGAGAAGUUCAACGUGGUGAUGAUAAAAAAAUUGUUGAAAUGAAACCAGUUAAAGAUCGUGUAAUUAAAAUAAAUUUUAAUGCAAAUACUGCUGUAUCAAUGAUGUGGAAUUUUAAACCACAACAACGUGAAAUAUAUGUUGUACCUGGUGAAACUGCAUUGGCAUUUUACACAGCUACAAAUCCAACUGAUAAACCAGUUAUUGGUGUAUCAACUUACAAUGUUGUUCCAUACGAAGCUGGACAAUAUUUCAAUAAAAUUCAAUGUUUUUGUUUUGAUGAACAACAAUUAAACCCCCAUGAAGAAGUGGAUAUGCCAGUAUUUUUUUAUAUAUCACCUGAAUUUGCUGAUGAUCCAAAAAUGGAAAAAAUUGAUAAUAUUGUUUUGUCAUAUACUUUCUUUGAGGCUAAACCAGGUCUAGAGUUGCCAAUACCAAGCUACGUUAAGGAUCGAUUGAGUUAA